AUGACGUAUGGAGCCAUUGCGCAGAUGCCCGUGCUUUGGGCUGAUGAUGCUUGGAUGACACUUGCUGUCAUUCGGACUCGCGAAAUGCAGAGCAUCGCAAAUGGCUAUCCACAGUCGCUUGUUCACUAUUUACGGUGGCUCAGGCAAGAAACCCAGCAUGGCUUCACGCUUGUUCUGAAUGAUGAACCAACCCUUUGCACCAUUGCCAAAGUGUCUCUGGUAGCUGACGCAGAUGGCUUGCGUUUGCUCACCGGUUGCAAAGGAAGUUCUGCUCUGAAGCCAUGCUUCUUAUGUCAAAAUGUUUUAAACGGACAUGACAAAGUGCAGAACCACGUGCACAUCAGUUGCUGUGAUGUGCAUGCUUGCCACUUGCAAACGCAAGACAAUCUUAUCCAGAUCCAACGUCACCUCGAAACCUUGCUGUCUCGCAAGGAAAGAGAAGAAGCGGAAAAGCUAUUGGGAUGGCACCUGCAUGCCUUGUCGGCGUCUAUUUUAGUGCAAGAAGACCUCCGAAACUGGAUUCCAUUAUCAUCCUUGAGGUACGACCCCAUGCACUGCUUCCUGGCAAAUGGCAUAGUGCCUCAAGAAUUGGGGCUCUGGUAUAAUGCUCUUUUGGACAAGACCUCCUGCGACAUCGAUACAGUACGCAGAUACGUUCUGCAAUGCUGGACAGCCUCCAAAGAGUCGACCUUGGACAUCAACAAAAUUUUCACACAGGAAAGAUGGCAGAAAGAAAGAGACUUCCGCGGAGACGCAUCUGAAGCUCUGUCAGUGCUACCCUUGAUGGUUGCAUUUUCCUGGGAAGUCAUAUUGCCUGAUUUUCCAGCUAUGCUGCCCCACUGCGAAUGUUUGACGGCGCUGUUAGCGCUGAUAUGCUGCUGGACUGAUGCCAAACGCGGUGGAAACCUUCAAGUGAAAAGCAUCGAGAUGAAACGGUUGCAAAAAGUUCACCUGGACAAAUUUGUUCUUUUCUUCCGGUCCUGCGUGGACCAACUGCUCAGUGCCAUGCCCUGCAGACAUGGUUUGGCCAAGACGCUUAUGUUGCAACCUCUGUCGAAUGCAAGGGUAUCACGUUUGCUUGUGGUCAACACAAGAUUCUUUCGGCCCAACAAGCAAUAG